AUGUUAAAAUUCAUAACAAUUCUGUCAAGCAAGUUCGUGUCUAUCGCUAAAAAUUCCGCAAAAAUGACUAGCAUACACAGUGCCUACAAAGAGGAAGUCCAUGAUAUACCAAUGUCCGUUAUUAUAAGGCCAUUUAUACCGGAACUAGAUGAGAAUAAAGUGCAAUCACUUAUGGAAACAAUAAAAGUUUUAGGCAAAGCAAAUCAGUUAAUAAGGGGUAACGUGGGCGGCUUAGAUGACUAA